GUACACGGGUUUAUAUAUAUAUAUACAUAUUGGGACGAAGUAUUUUUAUGAAAUCUUAGUGAGCGGUUUCUAUGGAGAAUAAAGAAGGUGUAGUCGCUUCCUUGCAGUCGAUCAAAGAACUCAGUGGAAAGACCUGUUCUGAUAUAGCUGCGGAAACAGGGCUUACAAAUGUUUAUGUGGCGCAGCUGUUCAGACGCCAAGCCCAAUUGAAGCCCAACACUGUGGAGUCUCUGCGCAAGGCUGUGCCUUCCCUCAAGGAUGAUCACAUAGCAGCCAUGAUGCGCCCUCCUAUGCGCUCAUAUAAUCCCAAUAUCUUGCAGGAACCGUGUAUUUACAGAUUGAAUGAGGCUGUCAUGCAUUUCGGAGAGAGCAUCAAGGAGGUUAUCAAUGAGGAUUUUGGUGAUGGCAUAAUGUCAGCCAUAGAUUUCUACUGUUCGGUUGAUAAAGUAAAAGGAAUAGAUGGAAAGGAGCGUGUCGUUUUGACAUUUGAUGGGAAGUACUUGCCCCACGUUGAGCAGAAAUCAGAAGAAAGUGCUGCAAAGUUGCUGAAAUGAUGAAAUAUAGAAAGUUCUUGGGCAUUGGGCUAUUCUGCAGGCAUAAUGGCAAACUUCCUUAUGGAGCUUUAAAACUAUCACGACUUAUGGAGGUCAUGAACAUUUUCCUAAAUAGGCUCUUGGGUAACUUUAAAAAAAAAAUAUAACCAAGGGUGAGCAAGUUUCUCCGUGGAGAACCAAAUACUUUGGUAUUUUAAGCUGAUGGUACUUAUGAUUGAUUUUCAAGUUGAUGGAGCUUUGACUUUCAGAGCAAAUAAGUAUACACAUAUAGUAUGCAACAUACCUUCAAGAAAGAGAUGCCUGAUAGCCUUUUCUUGCACUUGUGCUUUUCUAUGAUACAAGUUGAUGAAAUUUAUUGGGAAUAUGUUUGUACUGUC